CCAUGCUCAGAGGCACUCCGGCGCGCCUUGCGCAACCGAAACCCGCUGCGCAGGUUCCUCUUGGGCGAGCCGCUUCGUGGGCUCCGCCCGUGCGCUCCCGGCUCCAGCAGCCCUCCGGCUCGGCUGCUCCUUCGGCCGCUCCGCCGCCGCCCCCGGGCGGCCAUGGGGAUCGUCAGGCUGGCCGAACUGCUCAAGGACGAGGCGCCGGACGCCGUGAGCUCCGUCCGCCUGGAGAAGUACCGCGGCCAAGUGGUGGCCCUAGAUGCCUCCGUGGCCAUUUACCAGUUCCUCACAGCGAUGCCAAAGAUCUCCAACCGCCACGGGGAAAAUAUCAGUGCUCUGCAAGGGCUGUUUUACCGGACGAUGCAUCUCCUCGAAAACGGCAUCAAGCCCUUGUUUGUGUUUGACGGGAAGCCCCCGGACCUCAAACAGACGGUGUUGGCCAAACGAGCAGCGGUCUCUGGAGCCAGGAAAAGAGCUGCAGAUUCUGCCACGGGUGAGCCUACACAUCGGCUCCCGAGACGAGACUGUGAGACCCUUCUGGGUUAUUUGGGGGUUCCCUGUGUGCAGGCUCCAGCUGAGGCAGAAGCUACUUGCGCAGCUCUGGUGAAGUCCGGGCACGCGUCCUGCACAGCCACAGAAGACAUGGACGCCUUGCCUUUCGGGAGCGUGCUGCUGCUCCGCCAUCUCAACGCUAAGAAUGGUGACUUGGAAGAGAUCUCCUUGCCCGUGGUUCUGCAAAAACUAAGCAUGACUCAGGAGCAGUUUGUGGACCUCUGCAUCCUGCUGGGCUGUGAUUACUGUGGAAAGAUCUCCAAACUGGGCCCCAAAAAGGCCCUGAAGCUGAUGCAGCAACACGGGACCAUCGAGGAGAUUCUGCAGCACACCAGCCGUGAGAAACAUCCGCUGCCGGACAGGUGGGCCCUGGAGGAGACGCGACGGCUCUUUCUGCAGCCAGAGGUGGCCGAGCCGGGCCAGGUGGUGCUGGAAUGGAGAGAGCCCGAUGAGGAGGGGCUGGUGCAGUUCCUGUCUCACGAGAAGCACAUGAAAGAGAGCCGGAUUCGCGGCCGGAUGAAAAAGUGGCGAGAGACCCGCCUGAAGCAAGCCCAAACCCAGUCGCCUGGCCCCGUGACGAAGGGCGGCCGAGGGCGGAAGCAGCGCGUGACUGACUUCUUCCAGGUCAAGAAACGUCAAGCCAAGGCACCCAGUACCCAGCCUCGCAGGAAGAGGCAGAAGAAAGCCCAGCAGCAGUCCUUUCUCUGUGGCUUGCAACCUCUGCAUGCUGGCCAGGCCCUGGACAUCCAAGCCCACCCAGGUCCCAAAACAGCGGCCUGCAGGGAUGACGCACCUGAAGUUAAUGAAGGGGGCGGAGCCUGGGAGAAUUGCAGUUUGGGGGAGAACACUAUCACAACUGAGGCCUUGCAGUGGGAGGGUUGCAAUAAGGGACUUACUUCCACAAAAUGAACAGUCACUUAGCUGGCUUUUAAAGUCAGGUAGCUACCAGGAGCAGGGCCUUCUCCGCUGUGGCACCCCGGCUGUGGAAUGAGCUCCCUAAGGACGUUCGCCUGGCACCUACACUAUAUUCUUUUAGACGCCAGGUGAAGACCUUUUUAUCUUCUUACCAUUUUAACAGUUAAGCAAUUUAAUUUUAACUUUGCUGUUUUAAUUUUAAAUCUGUAGUAAUUUCUGCAUUGCUGCUUGAUUUUAUCUUGGUUGUGUCAUUAUAUUGUAUUUUAUAUUAUGCUUUUAUGCUGUUGGUUUUAUAUUUUGAACGUUUUUUAUGGUUUAAAUUUUUGUAAACCGCCCAAAGAGCUUUGGAUAUAAAACUGCAAUAAAUAAAUAAUUAAAUAAGGCCCAGUCGGAUGCCAGAAGGCCCAUCAACAGAUACUCUCCAGGGCAGAAGACCUCUGAAUUGCAAGGAGCUAUGGGGAGGGUGUUGGCUGCAGGCCUCUUUGUGUGCCAUGUGCCACCUUCCAAGAAGUGUUGGAAGCCGCAUGCUGGACUGGAUGAAUUCUAGCAGGAAAGAGACCUUUGGGUGGAUUCUGCUAAUCCCAUGCACAGAAUCGCCAAGUUCUUUCCCCACAGGGAUCCUGCACCUUUUAACACCUGAAUGACAGGAGUUGGUAGUGGCUCCCAUGGGGCUCUGGUGGUGUGGUAUCGCUUGGGCAUAGGGACCACAUAUCACAGGUGGAGGAAAGUGCAUUUUGUGUGCAAGCAAAGGGAAGCUUUGCCACACUGGCUGAUGGAUAAUAAUAAUAAUAAUAAUAAUUAAUAAUAAUAAUAAUUUGUUUCCCGCCUCUGCCUCUGGAUCAAGGCGGGGUACAACACAAAGAAAAACACCAUAAAAUACAUACAACUAAUUCAAACAUUUAAAGCCAGUGCAUCAUUAAAAGCAGCACACUAUUAAAAAAAGGCAUCUUAAAAUUCAACUGGAUAGGCCUGCCGGAAGAGAUCAGUCUUUAUGGCUUUCUUAAAUUCUGGAAGACUGUUAAGUUGACGAAUCUCUCCCGGCAGCCCAGUUCCAUCCUUGCACAAGUGCCCAUCUAUGGGAGGAGCAGCUGUUGCCAAGGAUGUGGCAACGGCCUCUGCUCUACUGCCAAGUAGAAAUAGUGGGCUGCCCCUCUCAGAGACUGCAUACUGGGUUGCAAACCACAGAAGCAUGGAAUUA